CGGAUAGUUGGUUGUCUGUCAGAGAGUGCUGCUAUUUAGUGGAGGGAUGGAUUUUGAGGUGGACGGAUGAUCCAGUGCUAAGGAGAGGACUAUGAGGUCUGCGAAUUUGCACAAGUGUGCGGACCUGGCGAAUUGACCAGAUCUUCAUUUCAGCUGUACCCACGUCUGCAGAGGAGGAGAGAGGAGGUGAGCGUGUACCUGCAGGCUGAGACUGCGAGUGGCUCAGAGGCAGAUCCUCCACAGAACACGCCCUGAUUGAAAAGGUAGACACACAUUUGGUCUAAUAAUCGAGGAGCCGAGCUGCUUACCUGAAAACAACAGCCCCAAUGCUCCACCUUAGGCUCACACCACCGGACACCUACCAAAUGAAAUCAGGACGAAUUUAUUUCCACAGACUCUGGUGUGUCCCGAGGAGCUUAGUCCACGUUUGUUGCUCGGAACACCUGGAGACCCUGCGGGACUCGAUAGAGAAAUAAAGCUGGUUAUUGGACAGUAGAGUAUUAAUCCACUGGCUGGGCUGAACAACAUGAGUAGGAAGACACGGCGCUGGAUUUUACAUUUUUUCCUGUGCCUUGGAAUACUGUAUUUGAAAAUCGGGGGUCUGUCAUCGGUAGUUGCACUGGGAGCGAGCAUCAUCUGUAAUAAAAUCCCCGGCUUGGCCCCGCGUCAGAGGACUAUCUGUCAGAGCCGACCAGACGCGAUCAUAGUGAUCGGAGAGGGAGUUCAGACGGGCAUCAGUGAGUGUCAGUUUCAGUUCAGAUACGGACGCUGGAACUGCUCUGCCCUGGGAGAGAGGACUGUGUUCGGGAAAGAGCUCAAAGUGGGCAGUAAGGAGGCUGCAUUCACCUACGCUAUUAUUGCCGCUGGGGUCGCCCAUGCAGUCACUGCAGCCUGUACCCAGGGCAGUCUUAGCGGCUGUGGCUGUGACAAGGAGAAACAGGGUUUCUACAACCAGGAGGAGGGCUGGAAGUGGGGAGGCUGCUCUGCAGACAUCCACUAUGGCCUGGGCUUCUCCAAGGUGUUUGUGGAUGCACGUGAAAUUAAGCAGAAUGCCAGGACUCUCAUGAAUUUACAUAACAAUGAGGUGGGACGCAAGGUCCUGGAGAAGGGCAUGCAUCUGGAGUGUAAGUGUCACGGUGUGUCGGGAUCUUGCACCACCAAAACUUGCUGGACGACGCUCCCCAAGUUCCGUCAGCUGGGAUACAUACUCAAGGACAAGUACAACCAGGCCAUUCAUGUGGAACCAGUGCGAGCCAGUCGCAACAAGCGCCCCACCUUCCUAAAAAUCAAGAAACCCCAUUCCUACCGUAAGCCCUUGGACACAGAGCUGGUCUACAUCGAGAAGUCACCCAACUAUUGUGAAGCUGACCCUCUGACUGGCAGCACGGGAACGCAGGGUCGCCUGUGCAACAAAACAGCUCAGCAGCCCAACAGCUGUGACCUGAUGUGCUGUGGUCGGGGAUAUAACACACACCAGUACUCACGUGUUUGGCAGUGCAACUGCAAGUUCCUGUGGUGCUGCUAUGUUAAAUGCAACACCUGCAGUGAGAGGACAGAGUUGUACACCUGUAAAUAGAGAUAUUUAUUGGAUAUGUAUUCAGACAGCUAGACCGGACUGUGUGUGCAUGUGUGUGUUGUAAUGUAUUUCAGAAUAACAGUUCUUUAUGGUUGAUACACAUGUGUGAAGCAAUGCCUUGCUGUCUUGGCAUUACAGCAAUCAUGACAACCAUAGAGUGGUGCAGGAAUGAGUCCUAAAACCCAGAAGUAAGUUUGCAUUUUGGCACUGCUGGUUCACUCGCCUCAAAGUCGAUGAGUUUUUUGAAUGGGUUUUUGCUUAAAUGCCUGAAAUAAGGUCUGAGCUUAAUAAAAACCUCAAGAUAUUUUCACAUUUUGUUCUAAAAUAUAAAAUAUGUCAAAAAAUACCCUACUUGUGAUUUUUUAAGCUUUCAUAUGUCUUGAAAGAUACAGUUGCUACCAAGUGGCUAAAUGAGACUACAGAGGUUGUUGAUAUCUUAUAACCGCAUACGAAAACUCACCACUCACCAGUCUGCCUUCACAGCCUCGUUCUGUUAAUACUCAUCUUCUUAGAAACUAUCUGAGAAGAAAGGCUUUUUUUGUAGAAGAGAUAAGCUCACUACAUUAAAUUACAAGUUGGAAGCGUAGUGGUGGUGAUGUUGACUUCAUGCAAUUGUGGUGUAGUAGUUUAUAGCCUAACAUUAGCUUUUUACUUCUGGAGGUUGUAUUAGGGCUUCAAAAAUCAUUACAGUGGUGUUCAUUUGUGAAGAUCAUCUUGCUGAACAAAAUGUGUAAAUUAUCACUAACUUUUGUGGGUCACAGAGCUUACGAUCUACAAUAAUUGAAAAAGCAACGAAAAAUCCCACUAGCUUCUUGUUGAGGGAAUCAGGUGAUGCUGGGUUCCAGGUUGAUCCACAAAAAUUCAUCAUCCCUGCACCACUCCUUUCCUCCAACUUGUGCUGAUUACACUGAUGCCAGUGCACAUCUGCCACCACACUGGACUCAACCUAUGGGCUGAUAAAUUUCAUUUUCUUUUUUCUAAUGCUAUUUCAUGCCCCAGGCUUGACUUCUCUGUAGGCCACACUGGUCCACUGGCAUGACUCACCUCAAACAGUGAUAGUUUUUCUUUUUCUAGACUAAUAAUUUAUUCACUGAGAAAACUACUGAUCAUUUUGAUAUCUAAAUCUGUUAAGGUUUUAAGUUGGUAUAGAUGCAUGGCAUUUUAGUAAAAAGAUAUUUAAGAGCACUUAAGAUAUAUAUAUAUAUAUAUAUAUAUAUA